GAAGAACCGCACACACGGGCAGCUUUCCGCUUGCAUCGCUCGCGACACCCCUCCCCCCCUCCGUCUACUUUUUUUCCCAUGGCGGCAGCUGCGGCGGCGAGCGGGGCGACGGCGGCGGUGGAGAGCGUGGUGGUGGUGCACAACGUGGCCAAACGGCACAACGUGGGAACGCUGGCGCGGAGUGCGACGGCCUUCGGCGUGGCGGAGGUGGUGGUGGUCGGCCGCCGCGACGUCAGCGCCUUCGGCAGCCACGGAUCCACCUCCCACCUCCGCUUCCGGCACUUCACCUCCCUCGCCACCGCCUGCGCCUACCUCAAGGACGAGAGGGGGUGUGACAUUUGCGGCGUGGAGAUCACCGACGACGCGCUGCCUGUGACGGCCCACCCGUUCCGCAGGAGCACCGCGUUCCUCUUCGGCAAUGAGGGUACAGGACUCUCACAAAAGGAGUGUGAGGUCUGUGACUUCUUCGUCUACAUCCCUCAGUAUGGUGGCGGAACUGCAUCACUCAAUGUUACCGUUGCAGCAUCGAUUGUUCUCCACCACUUCGGGGUCUGGGCUGGCUUUCCUGAAAGAGGCCGAGAAGGCAGUAAAUUUGUGGUAGCUGAGAAACCAAAGGGGCAGUCGAGGGGGCUCUACUGCUCAGAUUCAAUAGAAGACGUGAUUGAAGAGCGCAAGGCACGCAGAGAAAAUGCCUGCGAUAUAUUCGAGGAAAAUGGAAGUAGCCAUCCGCAAGAAUCAAAUGGUCUAGGAAUGAUGUUUACAGAGUAGAGUGUUUAUUCCAUCUUAUCUCUGCUUGUAAACAAGCCCCUGGAUGAUAAGGGCUUGAUAUGGUGAAUUUGCAAUACACAAGACAUGAUGUGGCACUGGUUUCUGUCUCACCAAGGGGAGGCAGAAUUUUUUACAAUUUCUUUGUUGUUCAAACAAAGCGUGAAAGGAGCAGAAGCGCAAUAUAUGCCUCCCCUAAAAAAUGACUUGUGAUAUCAGGGAUGGGAUUAAAAA